UGCAAAUUCUAUAUCUCAAUGAAGCUUUAAAUUAAGAAGAGGAUAGUAAAACAUAUUUUACGGAUAGUAUGAAACAUAUUCACUGACGAGGAAAAUCGUACUGAAUUGAUAUUUACUCUGGAUUUGACAAUUGGAAAAAUGGAUUAUACUUUACCUGGAAUUGACUAUACUUACGAAAACUACUAAUUGGAAUACUUACGAAAGACAAUAUAUUAAGAAUUUAAAUUUGAAGAAAAGAAAUACGUAAGACUAGGCAGUAUGGUCGUAAGACUAUAGCCUGUCCUAUAAGGACGAAUUAUAAAAAAAAAAAAAAAAAGAAUAUAACGCCAUAUUUGUUUGAUGAAAAGUUAUUAUUCAAUUUUUUCACUUGGAAAUAUUAAUUAAUUAAAUAAUAAUUUGCGUUACAUUCAAUAUAUUCGAUAUGUUAAUAAAAAUACAGGGCUUGCCAUUCAAGACCAAGUAUCAGGAUGUAAAACUUUUGGUUCGGAGUGAGUGCACAAUAACUGAUUUUAAACUGGACAAUCUCGUGGUGGACAGCGAUGGAACAAAGAAAGUUCUAGUGACAGUGGGAAACGAGGCUGAAGCGUUCUGUUUAAUCAAAUGUUUAAAUGGUUACCGCAUGUCCAACUGUGUUCUGGGAGUUGAAGCUAUUUCCACGCCGAAAGCCGCCGAAGUGCAUCAACCCCAAAACACAUACGAACAGAGACCUGGGCAGAAGUACCCACCACAAACUAGGAACGAUUAUCCCAAUCAAAUGGCGAAUGAUUACAACCGUGGACCACCCAAUUACGGACAAUCCUCACAUAACGUGGGGCCACAGAGACCAGUGGAACCAAUGGGAGGGAGAAAUGAAGGGUGGAACUCUGGAACUCCGUCUAGUAAUCAGUGGAGUCAUAAUCCAACAAAUAACCCACAAGGAUCGCAAAAUACUGGGUUUCCUGGAACACCAAUUUAUCCUCAACAUCCAUCUGUACCACAAAGGAUGAAUAACAGUUCAUAUGCUGCUAACAGGCCGCAACAAAGUCCCAACUAUGGCUAUACGCCCAAAAGCAACAUGCCAGAUUCAGGGAAUACGCACUCGCGUCAGGACAUGCGCAAUAUUGAAGCACCGUCGACCCACAACGCCGCGGCCGGUAGCAGAUACCCGGCCAGUUUUCAUCAAGAUAAACCGAUAACAAUAAUGAAGGACAACUUUCAAGGUCCCACGAUGUACCAAAUGGGUAGCAAUCCUGGGUCUUAUCCGGGCGCGACUCGUGGUACACCUGCAAUUUGGAAUCAGGGUCAAGAACCGAAAAGUCAAGGGUAUCCAAAAUCAAAUCCACUACCAUACGAGAAAUAUGAUGAUGACAGAAGGCAUUCUCAACUCGACAAGCGGUCUGAUGGGAAAAUACCGCAAGACGGCGUCAGGGUGGCCGUGUACAAAGACUACGAGAAGUCCCGUCAGUUCUCGCCUGGCAGGCGAGUUGCGACUCGAAAUACAUCUCCAUCUAUGAAGAAAAGAGGUCCGUCGCCUCCAGCGUCUUCUCACAGAGAAAUGUUGGCCCGGCGCCUAGCUUCGCCUGAGAGGAAAAUAUCGCCUAUGGGUGCAGCAAUGUCUGGCAGGAUAUCUCCGCCUAUUAGGAAUAUGUCGCCACCAGGCCGAAGAGUUUCGCCGUCUGGUAGGUGGGUGUCGGCGCGGCCAACGUCACCGCACGGAAGACGACCUUCUCCGUCUGGGCGGCGACCUUCUCCCUCAGGAAGGCGACCUUCUCCAUCAGGAAGGCGACCUUCUCCAUCAGCGAGGCGACCUUCUCCUUCAGGGAGGCGGCCUUCUCCAAUGGGAGGGCGGGUUUUGACGCCAAGGAUGGCUUCUCCAUCAGGACGUAGGAUGUCUCCGUCAGGACGUAGGGUGUCACCAGGCAGGCGGCCACAGUCGCUAGAGAGGCGACCAGGGUCUGGUAGGAGAAUGUCGCCGCAGCGUGCAGGCAGGCAUGUUUCGCCACCUGGCAGACGAGGGUCACCAUCUGAGAGGAGGAUGUCGCCUGGCGACAGACGCAUGUUAGACAGACGCGAGUCUCCAAGAAGGCUGGCGGCGCAGAAGCGAGGCUCGCCGGGACGCCGCCUCGACUCCCCGCCCCCGGGCUCCGGCGCCGGCGCUAGACAAGUCUCCAGGUACUCGCCAAGACGUCAUCAUGACGACAAAAUUGUGGACCCCAAAAUGGAUAUGGACGUUGCUAAGGGCAAGCAAGUGAGGCCUGCGUACGAGAGUCAGGCAUCAAGCCAGGCUAUGUACUCAGGUGGGUAUCGGCAAAGCUUGAAAGAAAACGUUGGGUACCCAAUGUCUGGUGCACGACAGCCGGAGCAGCGAAUGUCUCCGUGGCAUCAAGAGAGGGACAAAAAUACCUACCCACCUAUGAAGAAAGAAGACGAUAGAAGAGACAUCAAUGAGAAACGUCAUUCAAGGCAGUCCCGCUCUCCUGUUCAUCGUGAUCGAUCUCCCAUCAGAGACCAUUAUAGGACUAAUUCGCCAGUGUCACGCUCGCCGCGCCGCUCGUGGGCGCUGGAGAAACGGCCCUACGGUCGCAGCCCCGAAGCAACAGAAGCUCCACCUCCCCCGAUAUGGCCCGGAAAGAACUCUCGUGAAGACGACACCUACAAAAACAAAUUCAGUAGUCACGAGGACGUUCCUAAACAUCCAACUGUGUGGGAACGUCCACCGAUGAAAUUAGAAGACCCAAAACGCGACGAAUCACGCCGCUCUGGUGAAGACAAGGCACGCGGUCGUGGUGCGUUCGAUCCAAACCAAAGGGAGCCGAAGUUCAACCCUCGUCACGACUUCGAAGACGGGCGUAAAGAAGAAUACCAGCGUCAGCGAGACAUGGCACGAAGGUCGGCUGAAAGACGAGACUACCGAGAAGGUCAUCCGAAAAUGCACGAGGAGAGCCGCUAUGACGACUAUCGACGAUUGAGGUCGCCGGGACGCGAAGAACCCAAGAAACCAGAGUUUCAUAAAGAAUUUGAUAAAGACUUUGAAGAUAUAUAUAAAAGAGCACAGGAGUUCAGGAAGAAAGCUGAGCAGCUGCGCAGGUCCGGCGACAGUAGGCGGGAUGACCAUGACGACGAGCGACGCGAGCCACACAGGGAAGAGAAGUAUGAUCGCCGCCGAGAUAACUCGCCCCAUCGACACGCGGACAUGGACCGGCAUGAACGAGAACCCGACCGACGUUACGAGGAUCCCAAAUACAAAGAAAGGGAUCCGAGGGACAGGGAGCCAGAAUGGAAACUAGUCGACAAAAUGAAAAAGUACCCGUUGAUGCCGCACGUGAAAGCUAAGCGGGAAAAAGCGGCCGACGAACUUCUAGAAAAGAUUAUGCACAAGUACAAGCAAAUAGCUGAUUUAAACGAAGAUCAAAAGAAGAGAGUGGCGGAAGAGUUAAAGUUGGGACUGUCGAGGAUGUUCACGGACAUGUUUGGGGAUACGGAUGUGUCGUUCAUAGAGAUAGUGAUCAAGUACCAGGCGAAAGUGAGCGCCAAACAGGAGGAGGCGAUGGUGCGGGAAGUGCUUGAGUGUUUGCCGUCCAUGUUCAGAAGGGGCAAGAGGUCGGCGCCAGAACCCGAAGGCUCGUCAAAGAUGGCGCGCUAUUCUCCGCAGUCCGCCAUGAAAGAAGACGAAGCAGAUGAAAAAUGCAACAAUUCGCACGUUCCAGAUUGGAAUAUGAACGUGGAACAACCGGCUAAAAGCGGUUUCAUGGCGCAAAAGGGAAUGGUGAAUUUGCCUCCGCCGCAACUGGUGGCGCCCCAGCUGGCCGCGCCGCCGUACGCCAGUUUUGGUCCGUCUGCCGCGGCGCAGUUUGUCACUCCACAGAUGGUUUCACAGAUGAUGGUUCCCCUCACGAUGCCGAUGGUACAGUUCGUACCAACAUUCCCACAGAAUCAAUUCGAAGGAAAUCAAGACAGACAAACAUUCAAUUCGCAUACAGACGAACACAAACUCUUCUUGUGCAAAGACGAUUUUGAACCUUUCACAGAUGUGCAAGCCCAGCUCCUGAAAAGUUUCUUGAUAUCACAAAUCGUCAAGGUAACGGAAACUUCACAGGGCUGGGCGCCGGAUCUGACUCUGAAAGGGAUAAACACGAUCCAACGGUACGAAAUUUCUAGUAGAGACGAAGCGUCUAAAGACUGGCUUGUUAAUCUAGAUUUCAGCGAUUUCAAACUAUUCCGCGUGUUAGUUUACACUGAUGAAGAACUUUGGUACGAACGCGCCGCCAUCUGGCUGCCCGGCCAUUCCAGAUGUCGCAGUAUCGAGCCCCUUGAUAAGCUCAAACUGCAGAAUCGGAAAUUGGAAGGCGUCAAUAUAGGUAAGUGGAAGUUUGUGAAGAAAGUAGUUAACAUGAAAGGCACGCGGCUGUAUGUAGACAUGCCGCCGUCUUCCACCUGCGCUCUCGAGAAACACAAAAUGAUGCUCAGCUACGAACUGCAGAAGGUCAACGUUAUACUCAAAGCCGUUGCGGUUGACAAAGAUGCUUUCGAUGCUGGACUAAAGGAGGUGUCCAUGAACCCAAUGAUGUUGACGACCGCGAUCCAGAACGCACCGAUGCCGUCGCUCUCUCACGAUCCUGGAGCAGUGCAACUCACCCUAAAAGGCAACAAAACUAUAAGUAUUGACGAAGCGCGUAAACUCAAGGAGUGUAUAAUAUAUCACCUAUUUAGAUAUCUUCAAAGUGGCGGAACGAGUCGGGUAGACUUUGUCAAAUACGGUAGUCUGCCGCCGAACCAUUUCGGUGUAGUUCCAGAGAAUCCCGAGUCCAAAAGGUGGUUGCUGUCGACGCAAUUCGGCAAGGUGAACCGUUCACUUAUAGUCGUGGUAGGAGGUGACGAAUCGAAUGUUAAGUAUUUCAGGAUGUACAUGCAUUUGCCGGUUGAAUGUCCUUUGAACGCCAACUUGGCGAUAGAGCGGUUGCGUAGAAGUAACCAGGGUGUGAAAGGGAUCAACUUUAAUCUUUGGAAGGCGUUGAAUAGGAUGACAACGCUAGAAAAGAAAAAGCAUACGUUGGACGUGAAGAUUGACUUGGAGUCAGUGGAAACAUUGAGGACGUUGAACUUCCAGUUGGAUUACGUGGAUGAUAAAAACAACCAGCAGAUAGUCAUGGUGAACAGUCGACACACUUCACAGCAACUGCACGAUAUGAUUAAGGCGUACAGGGAUGAAAUGAGAGACAGUUACGAUAUCGCGAACAUGGAUUUGGGGUCUAGCGAUGAAGACGUUAUAUGUUUGGAUUAAGGUCUGUUUUACAAUGUUAAGUUUUUACCUUUAGAUAACGUAUAACGCAGUUAAUGUGGAUAGUACACUUUUGAUAACUAUUUAUUUGGUGCAUAGCUGUUCAUGUGAUUUUUGAAUUUGGUCGUCUUAUUUUUUAUGAGUAGCAUUUAGUCAGGAAACCAGCACUUGAUGUAUUUCUGUAAUUCGAUGGUUUACUUCAGAAUUUCUACACAAUACGGUUAUGCUAAUCAUUAAAGACUUGAUUAUGUGGAUUUGCAUAUUUUAGACGUUAAGACAAGAACCAAACGUUGCAGGGUUUAGAAUUGCGAUUUGGCAUCGAAAAACCAGCUUUACCAGCAAGACCUAAGUCGCGUUUCAACUUGCAAAUCGAUCAAGACUUUUAAAAUAUAUUUCGUCUUCAUUAUUCGUGAAGUCUUACUUCAGUAAAACAUUAUCAUAGAUUUUAAGGAUUGUUUCUGUAACGACAAGUUUCUAGACGUAUUCUAAGGGAAUAAAUUUUUGCGUUUAUUUUGU